AUGGAAGAACACAUAGCAUGCAGCAGUGAGUUUGCAGGUGUUAAUAUAAUUUCAAGCUGGUGCUUCCUAAUCGGCUUGGUGGUGACGCUGAAGCACUUGAUCUCCCUUUCCAAAUGGAUCUUCGCCACCUUUCUCAGAUCCGAAAUAGACCUAAUCAGAACCUACGGUUCCUGGGCCAUGGUCACCGGAGCCACCGACGGAAUCGGAAAAGCCAUGGCUCACCGCUUAGCACACCGAGGACUCAACAUCAUCCUCGUCAGCAGAUCCUCCAAGAGGCUCCAAACCGUCGCAACUGAACUCCAAGCACACCACCCUCACAUCCUCGUCAAGGCCAUCCAGAUGGACUUCUCCGGCGACAUAGCGGAGGGUCUCCGGCAAAUAGCGGCGGCCACACGCGAAUUGGACCUCGGGAUACUGAUCAACAACGUGGGGAUCACGUACCCUGGGGCUAUGUUCUUUGACCAAGUGGAAGAGAAGGUGUGGAGGAAGAUCUUAAAGGUGAAUGUGGAAGGAACCACGAGGGUGACGAGAGCGGUGGUGCCCGGAAUGAUGGAGCGGAGAAGGGGUGCAAUUGUUAACAUUGGAUCUGGUGCUUCCGUCGUCAUUCCUUCGCAUCCUCUCUAUUCCAUCUAUGCUGCUUCAAAGGCUUACGUGGAUCAGCUAUCAAGAUCUCUGUACGUUGAGUAUAAACAGUAUGGGAUUCACGUCCAGUCUCAGGUACCACUGUAUGUAGCGACGAAGAUGGCAUCAGAGAUAGCAUGUAUAGAGAAAGAUUCACUUUUCAUUCCAACACCAGAGGCUUAUGCAAAAGCGGCCGUUCGUAAAAUUGGGCAUGGGCCAAGGUGCACUCCGUAUUGGGCUCACUCUAUUCAGUGGUUCUUUGCAGGCUUAGCCCCGGACCCACUUCUCGAUGCUUGGCGCUUUUCGAUCGCAAUGCGCCGCUGGAAAGGAAUCCAAUACUAA